AUGGGCAGCUGGCUCAGACAGUGGAGGGGAGGCCAGCGUGGAUCCACUCACAGACUGUUCUUUUGGUUUUCAGCCAGGAUUGCUUCAGUUGUGAUUGGAGCCCGUGAACCGACCCAGCUCCUCUUCCCCGCAGCCACGGAGGUGCAGGCUGUGCCUGUGGUGCUCGGUGCCAGGGGCUUCACUGGGGUGGGAAUGGCCGAGAACUCCAUAGCAGCCAAGGUGACGUCCGCAGUGGCCAUCGCCGACAGGGGCGGAGUUGCCUCGGGCAGCCUGGUGGUUACUCUGCAGUCACUGGGAGCAACUGGGCUCUCCAGGUUGACCAAGUUAGUCCUGGGCUCCACUGGGUCUGCUGCUGCGGCAGCUGGCUUUGUGAACUUCCUCUAGCUCCCUGCCCCUCGCCCUGCAGUGAAGAGAACUGUGCCAGGAGAGAAGGUGCCCAGCCGUCCUGACCCAGUGAGGAGCCAGCUAUAGCAAACACACCUGGGGUGAAAUAUACCAAACCCUACACCCCAGAGGAAAACCAGAAAGAAAGGUUAAUUGUUGCAACUCUUCCCAGAAGCUUUUCCUCUCGCUGGCUGUGGGGCCGGCCCAGAGUGAUACUUGAGGUGGGGAAGGGGCAUGUUAGGGCUCAAUUCUCUUUCCCCACACUGUCAUCACAAAAACUUGGGAUAUGAUGAACCAAAAUGAAUCUAAAUUUGAAGACAAGCUGUCGCUACCCUGCUACUGACUCCGUAUGUAACCCUGGCAGGUCACCUCCUCUCUGAGUCUGUUUGCACCUCUCUAAAUGGGGAGUUGAACUAAAUGGCCUUCAAGAUCCCAGCCAGGGCUUGUGUUUGGCUCAGUUCCCAUGAGGACUCAAGAGCAGGGAAAGCGGUGGGGGAAGUGAGGGGUGAGGGGGGUGCGAACAGCCUGUUUUUAGCCACUUACCCCAAAGCCAGAGCCUCACAUCUUUGCACACGUACCCCGCCCCCACCCUCUGCAAAUCCAGUGGCUGUUUCCCGAGUGGUUGGCUUAGGCUCAGAUAUGUCACUGACAAGUCUCAACGUCAAUGUCCCGAGUCGUCCCAGACUCCACUGCCCUGGCCCUGGCCCUUUUCCCCCAAUAGCCAAUAGGAAACUUUAAUUUGUCAGGGCGCUGACCUUUCUUCCUUAGGACCCUGGUCCUGAAAUGUCCUUCCCUAACCAGAACAAGGCCUCGUAGACACUUCUCAUCGCUGCAAUGUGUUCUGCCCCAGAGUAUCAGGAAUUCGUUCAUAUGUUGUUUUGCUGCUCCUUUCCACACUGUCUAUGAGCACAUGCUGUGGUCCAUGCACAGGGCUGGACCCCAAGGAAGAGAAGGGCACAGCUCGGUCUUUACCUCAGCAGCCCUCACGGUGAGUUGA